AUGUCGAGAGAUGUUACAAGGGAAAAUAUAAUAACAGGAACUAUAGCUGAGGCAAUGACUUGGAAAAGGAAUAAAUUAUUUAAUGGAUGGCUUUUUGAUGAAUGCAUGCUUGGUUGCAAAACUGAACUUCAUUAUAUGAACAUCAUUCAUGUACAUAGAUUUGCAAAUAGGAAAAUGAUUCAUAGUCAGGUUUCUAUUAAAUUUCUGAGAAAUGAAAGAAGAGUUUCUUGA